AUGUCUCGGCAUAAGACUAUGGCACGUUCAAUGGUCAAAGAGAUAGAGGUACCUCAGGAUCGGAAGUGCCAGAGGUAGGUUGUUUGUUUUUAAAAUAUGGUUUUAUUAAUUUUUUUAAAAUUUUUCAAAUUUUCAAAAUUUUUUUUAAAAUUUAACUAUGUUAAAUUGAACUUUUAGCCGCAAACUCCGUGAACUUGUCUCUCUAACUUCGAUUGACCCGACUGUAAAGAUCAUUGAUAACACGAAUGUGAUCGACAACAAGCAGAUCAUGUUCGACAAGUUCUAUGCUAAUGUUCAACAUACAGACGAAAUGGCACAUCUCUUGGAGCGGGCUCAGUUCAAGAUCUACUACAGAAAGACAAACUUCAGAUGGGACAUUCCAGCCGAGCUGCCAAUGUAUCUGGCUUAUAAGGACCAGAAUGAGAAGGUAUGUCGAGCUUAUCUAUAUCCUUGCCUCUACUGCUCAAUCUUACUCUAAUAUACUUCUAUAUUAAUGUCUUCUACCAUCACAUGUAUCUAUAAACUUGCGUUUCUACUUUCAGAUGUACCACUUCCCGAUAGUCCAGGGAACAGUUGGUCUAGCUGGUCUACAAUGGUCGCUAAAAAUUCCGUUUAACAUGCCCAAGGUUACUUGCUCAUCGUUGAGCAAGCUGUUACAACACUAUGAAAAUUACUCGUUUGUGGUACUUGGUACUGGCUUUACUGAGGCUUUUCCGGUCUGGCAACUCAAGGAACGACCUUCUAAAUCGACCGAAACCAGUGGAUUUGUCUAUCAGUAA